AUGAUACUGCAGAAACGCGAUGACAUUCUUUUCCCGAGUACUAUGCUGGCCCUGUCCUCUCUGUCAGUCGACGGCAGCGACAGUUCAAAAUUGCGAAUAGAGAAAUGGCAAGACAUAUACAACAGCAAGGCUUCGCUGUCAGCUGAACCACCGAUCAACGCAAGGGUGUGCAAGUUGAGGAUUAAGGACCGUUUCUUCAACUACAGCAUCAUCAACGUAGACGACGGCUAUUCGCAACGGGACGUCAAAAUCAUCAUCAGCGACAUGAACGCUCAGGAAUGGAUUCAUGGUCCUUCAGUGCUAUACCAAUCGAGCGAUCAAUGGCCGUCUUCCGAACCGAUCGAAGAAACCGUGGAGGAAACUAGACGAGUUAUGCUGUUCCAUGCGGUGGUCGAAGCGGAAACUGUUUCCAGUUGGACAAAACUUGUGCGUGUGACGGCAACCGUACUGCGUUUCAUUUCCAAUUGCCAACGAAAAAGGGCCGGGUUGCCAAUCGUAACCUGCCAAUCUACGAAUCGUCAACGACGAUUAAUUAAGGCGGAAUAUUCGACAGACAAGAAACCACUUCAACAAGAGGAGCUUCAGAAAGCGGAAAUUAUUCUGUGGAGGCAGGCACAAUACGAAAGCUUCCCAGAUGAGAUGAACACACUUACGAAGAAUUUGGAACGCAGCCCGGGUCAACGACUGGAAAAGAUCGAGAAGUCUAGCAGUCUCUACAAGCGAUCGCCAGUGCUAGAUGAAGAGGGAGUCCUGAGAGUUCGAGGCCGGUUGGAAAAUAACGAAGAGCUACCCUUCGACAAGAGGUAUCCGAUCAUUCUGUCAGGGAAGCAUGACAUCACCAAGAAGUUGAUACUGCAUUUCCACAACAAGUUCGGCCAUGCAAACAGAGAGACCGUGUUCAAUGAAUUACGGCAGAAAUUCUGGAUACCGAAGGCACGCGCUGCAAUCCGGCAUGUAACGAAGGAAUGUGUAUGGUGCAAGGUGAAUCUCUAUGUACCGUCGGUUCCAAUGAUGGCACCGCUACCAGUUCAACGCACCACCCCUCACUUACGUCCAUUUAGUGCAGUGGGCGUUGAUUAUCUUGGUCCGGGCGAAGUCACGGUGGGGCGCCGAAAGGAAAAGAGGUGGAUCGUCGUAUUUACUUGCAUGGCUGUGAGAGCCGUACAUCUAGACGUGGUACAUAGUUUGAGCAUUCAAUCCUGCCUGAUGGCAAUCAGGAGAUUCGCGUGCAAACGUGGCGUACCAGAACAAAUCUUUUCGGACAACGCCACCUGCUUCCGUGGAGCGAACACUGCGAUGAUGGAGACGAUGCAGGGAAUAAAUAUCGAGUGUGCUGAAAAAGUCACUUCGGCUGUCACCGCGUGGCAUUUCAAUCCACCUAGUACUCCACACAUGGGUGGAGUCUGGGAGAGGAUGGUGCGAUCUGUCAAAGAAGCCUUGCGAGCGUACGAAGACGGACGGAAGUUAACCGACGAGAUCCUUUCAACGAGCUUGGCCGAAGCGGAGGAUAUGAUAAAUACUCGACCGUUGACGUACGUUCCUCAGGAAGUAGCCGACGAAGAAGUCAUCACACCGAACCAUUUCCUACGUGGAAGAACGAUGAGUACGGACAUGCUACUGAAAGACUCUGUGGACUUUGCUGAAACCUUGCGGAACGUCUACAAGCGACGCCAACGAAAUGACGUCAUCGAGCUAUCGAUCAACUACCUUGGUUAUCGCCUGAUACCUUAUAGCACGAUACUAGGAAGCGAACCGGAAGAAUCGAUGAGCUACUUCUCCCCCUACAUCAAAUCAGUUGUGGAUUCAAAACUAAAACGGAUGGAGAGGAAAACGGGAAACUGCUGA